CUUCGAUAUAUUUUUAUUUUUUUGGGUGCUAAAUUUAUGUUUGUUACUUUUCUUGAUGAACCAGACCAAAAAACCUAGGAAGGGAGCCAUCCAUUCGAAGAAAAUAAAUGAUUCCGCUGAUAGUGUUCACGCAUACAUUGUUUUCAAGACAGAGGAAUCUGCUCAGGCUUCUUUGUCCCACAACAUGACUGUGGUUGAAGGAAAUCACAUUCGUGUUGAUAGGGCUUGCCCACCCCGCAAGAAACAUAAAGUGAAGAUUGCUUCGCUUUAUGAUAACAAGAGAACUGUUUUUGUGGGCAACCUCCCAUUUGAUGUUAAGGAUGAAGAACUAUAUCAGUUAUUUUGUGGUAUAUCCAACCUGGAAUCAAGUAUAGAAGCUGUUAGAGUCAUUAGAGAUCCUCAUCUUAAUGUUGGAAAGGGUAUUGCCUAUGUGCUGUUUAAAACAAGGGUAUGCUGCUUUGGUGCCAGAUUAGUUAUGCAUUUUGAUAAAAUUUCUUACUUUGUGCUCUUUUACAUUUUUAGCUCAAACAUGUUAUAAUUCAUCUUGUCAUGUUUUUCCCUUUCGGUGGUAAAACUAAAGGGCUGUUUGUGGCUGAUAAGCCCAUGAAGACCUCGUUUUGUUACGUAGAAACCAACUUAUUUGUGUGAUUACUUUUAGAAAUGCAUGUUAUCUAUUUAUGAAAAGAUAUAUUUUGUGAUAUAAAUAUAAUCUAGAACAUUAGGAUUGAAAUGGGCGGUUGCUAGUGUAGGGUUUGUUUACUUUGGUGUAGAUUGGCUGCUUCGUUUAUUGUAUUGUGUCUUUUUGUGUAACUAGGUACAUGUUAUUUUUGGAAGUUGCUUCUUUCAUUCAGAAUAUAAGUGGUUAGAGACUGAUAUGUAUAGGACUGAAUUUCUGUAAUGGUUGAGUGAAGCUGCAUAUCACACUUUUUAAGUCCACAUGUGGGCUUGAAAAUCUGAUUCAGGUCCUGGGUACCAAUGUCUGGCUAUUUCAGUCCACAUUGUUGAAAACUCUCUCAGAUUUGACAAUACUUUACCUUUAGAUUUAAGAAUGAUGCCUCUAGGACAUUUUCUUAUGAUGAAGAAACCUUUUAAACUGCGAAAUUAGUGAUGGUGCACUUGCAGUGCAUGGGCUGAAACCGCUGGAACCAUUAGUUCUUUCUUUAUUCUGUAUUGGGAAUAAAUUCUACUUGCUUUAUGGUGACUUUAUAUAUAUAAAUAUAUAACGUGUUUUUUAAUUUCUAAGCUAAUGGUUGCAAAAUGAUUUUCCUUUUCUUUUUCAUUUGGGUUCUUUCACCUCCGACCCCCACUAAUUUGAGAUAAAUUUGUUUUUGAUGUUGAUGUUG